UCCACGGUGGAAUUUCGCGAUUUUUCUCACAAAUGAUCAACUGAACUGAAGUGUUGGGUUACCGAGAAUUGAAUGAUGGACGUGGACGCAGCUUCCAGCACUUCAAGCGAGUCUUAUUGCCAGUCUACGGCGAAUUUGAACUACUACACCGACAAUCUCUAUUUCGCUACUAACUGUAAGCUUGAUUCCUACUUCAAAAAGUCCGAGACAUCGAAAAAGCUAGAGUAUUAUCGGAAAGAGGACUACGCUGAUAAUUGUUCUUCUAAAAUUGUUGUGAACAAAAGUGAAGGACCAAAAAGGAAUGUGGUGUUUAACGGGGAGUGUUUCGAGAAGAAAGUUGAGGACAAUAAUAGGAGGGUGCAAUUUGACUAUUUCAAUAAUAACAGUGGUGGUGGAUUGAAGAAAAGUGAUGGUAGCAUUCAACUCACCGGGGUGGAUGGAUAUGGAAAGAAGUCGAUUAGUUUUUCAGCGGAUCAGGUGCAAUGCAUGUGCGAAGCCCUCCAACAACGCGGUGACGUGGACCGCCUGGCGACGUUUCUCUGGUCCCUGCCGCCCUCAGAGCUUCUCAGGGGCAACGAGAGCGUUCUCAGGGCCAGGGCGGCCGUGGCCUUCCACCGGGGGUCGUACCACGAGCUGUACGCCAUCUUGGAAGCACACGCUUUUCACGCGCGGUGGCACCCUGAGCUGCAGACGCUGUGGUUCAAGGCGCAUUACAACGAGGCGGAGAAGAUCAGGGGCAGACCGCUGGGUGCUGUGGACAAGUACCGACUUCGCAAGAAGUACCCUUUGCCGAAAACGAUCUGGGAUGGCGAGGAGACAGUCUACUGUUUCAAGGAGCGCAGCAGGAAUGCCCUUAAGGACUGCUAUGCACGCAACAGGUAUCCUACGCCAGACGAGAAAAGGGCUCUGGCUAAAAGGACAGGUUUGACGUUGACGCAAGUGUCCAAUUGGUUCAAAAACAGACGACAACGGGACAGGACGCCACAGUCAAGGACGGAGCUUCUCAUUGGCAAUAUGUCUUUGACCCAAACCAACAUGAUGAAUGCUAUGGGGAGUCAUCAAGCUGGCUUGGACAUGGCUGCUUUCCAGACCGCUUCCAAGCUGUUUGACCCAAAUUGUACUAUAACUUCCUGCUAUCCAGAGUAUCAAGUAGCAUAGGGAAGAAUAAUCAUUGUAAAUCGGUUGUGAAUUGCUGUUGAUGGAUUCGUACUUACUUUUUGUAAAUUAAUGUAUAUAGUGAUAGUUUAUGUUCAUAGUUCUUUUUGAUUAGAUUUUUUUUUCAGAAUA